ACCACACAUUUGUUUGUCAAUUAUGGUGAAUGUUUCUAUGUUUUGUAUGUAGGCCUGUUUGUUUGUGUUUGUACCUGUGCUGAGAGGUGCCCUUCUUAGAUUUUUGGAAUUUGGUGUGUGUGGAGUUUAGUUUGUACAAGUCCACCGAGAUGGGAGUUUUACUUACUCAAACAUGUUCUGUGGGCAGAAAGGAAAGUGGUUGGUUUACAGAUUCAACCAAUGAAAUUGAAGCAGAGGAGUUGAAAAGUGUGGAAGAAAUACUUCAGACAGAUACAUUACUGACGUUUCGUGGGAGGCAUUUAUUGCAAAACAUUGAUUCACACAUUCAAACAUGGCUCGACUAGAUGUCACCGAAACUUUUCACAGCUUUAUGUUUCCUGGGCACAUGCAUACUCAAGACUCACUGAAUUAUGCGACCAACUUCAAGUUUCAAGAUACAGAUACUGUAAUUGUCACCUACCCAAAAUCAGGAACCACAUGGAUGCAGGAAAUCAUCACUCUAGUUUUGAAUAAAGGGAACCCAACUGUAGCCCAAACUACACCCAACUGGGCCCGUGCACCAUGGCUUGAGCAGUGCUAUGCCACUGAUAUUCUAAAAGCCUCUACCGGGCCUCGUAUUAUUACUACACAUCUGCCUUACCACCUGCUAGCACCGGCCCUGCAACAUUCCAAAGCAAAGGUUAUAUAUGUAGCCAGAAAUCCCAAAGAUGUGUCUGUUUCAUACUAUCACUUCCACAAGAUGGCCAAUUUUCUACCUGACCCAGGAACUUUCUCUGAUUUUCUGACUGAUUUCCUGAAGGGUGCAGUGCAUUAUGGCUCUUGGUUUGAUCAUGUCAAGGGCUGGACCAGUAACAAAAAAGAUAUUCAGAACUUUCUUUACAUCACGUAUGAGGAAAUGUGUCAGGAUAUUCAAGGGUCUAUUCAGAAGGUGAGCCAUUUCCUGCAGUGUCCUUUAACUGAGGAUGAGCUGAUCCUUAGUCAGAAGCACUGUAGCUUCAAUAGCAUGAAGGAAAAUGCCAUGGUGAACUACACUCUCAUCCCUCAGGAGAUCAUGGACCACAGCAAGGGCAAGUUCAUGAGGAAUGGUAAAGUCGGAGACUGGAAGAAUGUAUUCACUGAGGAGCAGAGUCGUCUUGCUGAUGACGUGUACUCUUCACAGAUGGAAGAUUCCUCACUGCUUUUUAAAUGGGAAUAACCCCAUUAACAUUAACACUCCAAAAUCCCACACAGUCUAGAUGCCCACCGGGACAACACUACAGAAACCAGAUGAGUCCUCUGCCCAAAUGUCACAUUGCCGCAGCCUGUAAUUGAACUGCUGGUUUUGUCUGGCCAGAGAACUGGGCCCCUGACUGAUCAUGGUUUUUCCCAAAGUUUUUUCUCCAUUCUGUAGUUCUGGUUCCUUGCUGCUGUCACCUCUGGCUUACUUUUGGUCACUUAGGCCCAAUCCCAAUUCUACCCCUUAGCCCUUCCCCUUUCCUGUCUUGAUUCUCUUUUGGUUGGAUGGGUAGGAGUAAGGGGAAGGGCCAGAUAGCCCUUUAAACAAAGAUUUUUUGGGACCACACUUCAAACGAAGGGGUAUGAAUUAUCUUGGCAACAUGGCUGCUACAGCAAACAAAAAGACACCUAAAUGUAAGCUUUUUUGGCAUAAAUAAAGAUUUUAAAGAAAAUUAAUACUUUGUUUUAUGUUAAAUUCAAUUGUGAGUUCAUAUUAACGGUCAUGUUAUUCAAAGAAAUGUUAGGAAAAAAAUCGCUAAUAUUUGCUAACGUCGUUCAUUACAAACUGCAUGAUAGUGCCACAGCAUACGUCUGAUCAGGGCGAUAACUGCCAUUAUGAUGGGGGCUAAUCCCCCCAAUAUUUAGAAAUUGCAAAAAAAAAUAUAUAUAUAUAUAUUGCCUAUUCGAGAGAGAAAGAGAGCGAGAGAAAGAAAGAGAAAUGGAAGUUGCAUGUAUUCGUGCCUGUGCGUUUAUCUAGAUAAAUAAAGAUACCGAAAGAUUAACGAAAAGUAAUCAUUUGUUUUAUGUUACAUUCAAUUGUGAGUUCAUAUUAAUGGUCAUGUUACUCAAAGAAAUCUUAAAAAAAAAAGUGAGUUUACUUAAAAACAGCGAUUGUAUCCUCUCGUCACUGGAAAAUAUAAUGUAGUGAUUCAGUAUUUAAACUGUAUUUAAUAAAAGUCGAGGGGCAGCGUUGACAAGUUUAUUUGCUCCUGGAUGUGUGGGCUGCACGACUUCCGAUAUGUGUGUGUGUCAGUAAGCAGCUCAUUAAUACAAAACGAUCAUUAAAGGCUCUAAUGCACACCAGUAUAUAUGUGCAUUAUAAGAGCUAGAGGAGGAAUGAUGACGUGUGACGGCAUACUAGUGGUGUCCCAAACCUUAGGGGAAUAUUUUCUCCCCUAGGAAAAGGGGAAGGGGUAUAAAAUAGAAUUGGGAUUGGGCCUUAAUAUAUUAUUGCUCUAUUGCUAUAUAACUGAACUGAGCUGGAUGAUGACAUCACUUAAUUAUAGAAAAACUGCCUAAAAUUUAGUGUUUUUGCUAUUGUCAUUUUGCAUCAUUUAUAAACAGGGGUUCACAUAAUUUUUUCAGCCUGGUUCUCAUAUGAGAACCUGGAGAUUUGGUUUGGUCCUCACACUGCAUAUAGUGUGACCCAUUAAAUGCCACAAUAAAAAUUAAUAAAUAAUAGUUAUAAUAUUAUUAAACUUUAUUUAUUUAGUUUUUUUUUAUUAAAUAACAGUAAAUAAACUAAAUAAUAGUGUGUGAUAAUAUUAUUAAAAAUAAUUAGUAUUAAAUAAAAAUGCAUUUAUUUUAUAGUAAAUAAACGUAAAAAUAAAAUGCUAAUAUUUACUACUACUUUGUUUGUUUGCCUCUUUAAGAAGAAUCGCUUUAUGUAUUCCCCAAUUUUAAGUCGCUUUGGAAAAAAAAAGAGUCUAAAAAUAAAUAAACAAAAGCGUUUUCAUCAUAUUCAAACUUAAAAUCAGCAGGCUUUUAUUUUGGCGGGUUGACGGCAAGUAAGUAAACUCGCUUCCAGAUUUAGCGCUGCUGAUUAAAGAGCGUCAGUGGAUGAAUGUAUAGACAGUAAAAUACUGUAAUAACAAAUAGCCUAGAUUUAUGUUUUCAGGUUGAAAAUAAAUCUUAUAUAGUAGUACAGUUUGUGAUCUAAAAUGGUAAUGGUGCAUUAACAGCUGUCAACCAUCACGCAACCAGUACGCAAAUGCGCUGUCAAAUCAUAUUUAUAUUUCGAAUUUGUUAUUUUGGUUGCGCAUGCAGACCUGCGGGCUACUUAUGUGCACCUCUGUUUAUAAACUAUUUUCCUAUUUAAUACUGUAAAGUUGCUUUGACAUAAUCUGUACUGAGUUAUAUUAAAUUAAAAACUGAUAAAAUUAAAAACAUCAGUCCACAAUUUUCCACAUCACAAUACAUCAAGCACAUCUCACCAGCAAACAUAAAAUAAUUCACAUCCUUCUCUUCACUCUCUGAGGCAGAAGUCUCCAAACUCAUCCUUUCUAAUCAUCCUACUACAGUACUUGUCCUCUUAAUCCUAUUCCAUCUCAUCUACUUCAAGCCAUUUCUCCUGCAGUUGUACCUGCGCUCACUCACAUCAUUAACACAUCCCUCCACACUGGUGUUUUUUCCCUCAUCAUUUAUACAGGCUUGUAUAACUCCACUACUUAAGAAACCCAACCUCAAUCUAACUCUUUUAGAGAACUAUAGACCUGUUUCCAUUCUUCCUUUCAUUGCAAGAACACUUAAACGAGCUAUGUUCAACGAAGUCUCUGCAUUUCUCACACAGAACAACCUCACUGACAUUCAACUGAGACUGCCUUGCUCUCAGUUGUUGAAGCCCUAAGACUGGCAAGAGAGGAAUCCAAAUCUUCAGUACUUAUCCUGCUUGAUCUGUCCGCUACUUUUGACACGGUUAACCACCAGAUCCUCCUAUCAACCCUAAUGGCAAAGGGCAUCUCAGGAACCACACUUCAGUGGUUUGAGUCUUACCUAUCAGAUAGGUCCUUAUAUCCACAUAUUUGUUUACUUGAGACUUUGAAGAAGCACCUCUGAUGAAACACAGUGACUGAACCUAAAACCUUCAGCUGACAGAUGAUUAUAUCCACACAUUUGUAAAUUACUGAAGUCACAGUGUAUUAUUUGUAUUAAGUUAAUUUAGAAAAAAGUUUGGAGCAUUUUUUGCUCAUUAAUUAUAAGUUUUAGUUUUUUAUAGUAAUGACUAAGCGGCCGGCAGCAGACAGCGAACCUAUGUUUGAUCAGUUUAGCCUUCUCAAAUCAUCAUGACUUUCCUCAAAUAAAAUCUGUAGAUAUAAAACAGUUCAAGCAUAUAAUGUUUAACUUUAAACCUAGAUAAAUGUGCACUAUAGUUAGAGCAGAGAGUAGAAGCUGAAACGCACUUCACGGAGGACACGGAGGCGCCAAUGCGAUCACUUGCAUUUUUUUCAGUGGAUACACCGUUAUUUUUGCUCAUAAAGGUAAGACAAAAACGUAAAGGGUCUACUUGUAUUUGUGUGCAUUCAUAAUAUCAAUAAAACAUGCUUUUAUAAAAUAAAGAAAACAAGCAUGAUGCACUUUCUGCACUGUAAAAAGUAAUCAGUAAAAUAUACAGUAAAAAAACGUCAGCUGUGGUUGCCAGAAUUAUUAUUAAUCUGUGCACAGCCUCUCUCUGCUCUGCUAUAUGGGAGCGCGCGCUCUUCUGGCAAACCUCAGGACCCAUAUAAGGAAAUUCCGCUCCAUCUAACGUCACACAGAGCCAUACUCGAAAAAAACUUUCCGAAACCUGUGACAAACCGGAAGGAGUAUUUUUGGAACAGAAAUACUCCUUCAAACGUACAACUUAAUUUUUGAAACUUUGUCCAUGUUUAGCAUGGGAAUCCAACUCUUUAACAGUGUAAAAAACUCAGUAUGCAUGAAAUAGCAUUUCACCCCCCCUUUAAUGUUUUUCUCCCCUGACACAUUUAUGAUGAUUACUUUUGCCAAUGCUUUGUGGCAAGCUUAAGGCUAGCGCAUGCAUGCUGUGCUGACUGCACGCACCAUACAUGCUGCUGCUGGAAGGAAAUUAAACACAGUCGAGCCACUCUAGCACAGUCUUAUGUGGUUUCCACCAGUGCAACAGUGAUUAGUUAAAUCUCUAACUGAUGGAUGUCUAAAAUAUAAAAAAAUAAUGAGAAGUCUUAAACAAGCCCGUGGCCUGGCCCACUUCUGAACUAUGACAUGAAAACUGGCCUGAAGGCUGGCCCAAGGGGUAGUUAAAAGAUUGAGGCCCAUCAUGUCCGGCCUGGAAUGCAAGACUCUAGCAAGUUAACAGAUGCACUCACAGAAUAGUACUCAUUCUAGGUGUAACCGUAUGCUUCUAUAUGCGUUGUGUUGUUAAGUCAGUGGAAAAAACGACAGGAGAGCGCCAGAUUGGGUCUGCAUAAGAGAAUAUAUUUUGUUUUACAGGCCGUCACGCCAGCUUCAGCUCAAUUACACAAGUGACACUGCCAAAAAAACAUAACAUUCCCAAAUAUUGUGAAUAAAAUAAAUAAAAACAACUUAAACAUCGUGUGUGUGACUUGUUUUCAACCAUUGCUAACAACUAAUCGGUAGCAUGGAAUACAGCAUACCUCAGUUCGGGAGAAAGGCAGAAGAGACCGCUCAAAGAUCAAUACAUCGGAUAUAGCGGCCUGGGCCGAACGAACCAAGCGGCAACCUCCCGCUCUCUCUCGUGAGGCCAAUAAGGAAGUGACUAAAACUGCAAUUCAUCGACUGGCCGCUUGAGGCUGGCUGCAGAAGAGAGUCAGUCCCAUAGACUCCCCAUGUUAAAAUGCCCAACUUUACAGCAGGAAAAAACAUGUUUACAGCCUGGUUCAAAAAAUUAUCUAAUCCGAUCUAAUGUGGAUUUUGCUCACCAUAUAAGACAGAAAUAUUUAUAUUCAAUGUAAAAGAUCUUCAUGUGGAUCAUGCAUACAAAUAUAUACAAAUAUCUCACUGGAUUAUUACAAUUAAUGGCAAAAUGAAUGUGUGGAAAUGUAAACUAAUAUAUCCUACUGACACACAACAUCAAAAGAUAUAAAUAAUUGGCUUAAAACUGUUUUUUUUCAAUGUGAAAAUAGUAACAUGCCUAAUACUUCUGCACAGUACUGUAUAUGUUAACAUUUUAUUAGUGUUAUUAUAAAAGAAUGAGUAUGCGGUUGUGACAACAAUCUAUAGAGUUUUUAAUGAGAGUUUUAAAGAAAGGUUGUCUGUAUUCAGUGUUUAUAUAAUAUUGAAUAACUUUUAUAUACAUGUAUAAAUAAACCUAUGUAUGUUUUUGAUUCAACAGCUUGGAAAUCCUCAGGGAAGUUAUUUUGUCGGUGGGUGACUCUGCAUAUUUGACACUUUCUCUGGUUUGCAGAUGGUUUAGGGAUGUGCUCCGAAGUUUUUCGGAAAGCGGCACAGUUUGCCUGGCUAGACAUUGUGGCCAACUGGAAGAAUUGUCUUCCUGUCUCCUGACCGGAACGAGUUCAGACGGAUGUACAGCAUCAGGGAAUGCUUGCAGUGCAGAGCCCUUUUCAAGUUUAACCCACCAGGGUACAGGGAAGAGACCGGCGUGGUGAUCUUCUGGGCUUUUGUUUACACAGGAUUUUGUUCCAAGGACUGUUUUUUUUUUUUUUUUUUUUUUUUUGCGGCAUGAAACACAUUUGUGUGUUAAGUUCAUUGAAGGGAAAUAGAGAAUGGACUGAGAUCAACUGGUUUUGAUGUAUUAAUUGAUGUCAUUUAAAGUUAAACUUUGCAGUGUAUAAUGUUUUAAUAAAAAAGCUAUGGAAAACA